UCUUGUUCCCCGUGGAGCGUCUAUUUGAAGGUGUUGUAUAUUGACAUAAGCUGGAGCAGUGCAGUGGCGUAGCAUCAUCAUCACCACUUCCGUACAAUGGCUGAGCUAAAAUCUUUCGUUGAGGUUCAUCCAGAUUCUCACUUCCCAAUACAGAACCUUCCUUACGGAGUCUUCAAGCCCCAACCCUCUUCGUCUCCUCGCCCCGGCGUCGCCAUCGGCGACUACGUCCUCGACCUCUCUGAAAUCGCUUCCGCCGGCCUCUUCGACGGUCCUCUCCUCCGAAACUCCGAUUCCUUCCUCCAGCCCAAUCUAAAUAAGUUUGUAUCCCUUGGAAGGCCGGCCUGGAAGGAAGCUCGUGCCACUCUUCAAAAGCUUUUAUCAGCAACGGAGCCAACCUUGAGGGACAACAAGGAAUUGAGGCAGAAGGCACUUGUGCCUUUGAGUAGCGCGGAGUUGCUUCUCCCUGUUGUUGUUGGGGACUAUACUGAUUUCUUUACAUCUCUGCAUCACACUAAAAACUGUGGGCUCAUAUUUCGUGGGCCGCAGACUCCUGUUCUAGAUAAUUGGUACCGACUGCCUAUUGCAUACCAUGGACGGGCAUCUUCUGUUGUUAUUUCCGGAACAGAUAUUGUUCGACCAAGAGGUCAAGCUCAUCCAUCUGGUGGUUCUACACCCUACUUUGGCCCUUCGUUAAAGCUAGACUUUGAGUUGGAAAUGGCUACUAUUGUUGGACCUGGAAAUGAAUUGGGAAAACCAGUGGAUAUUAACAACGCUGAAGAUCACAUCUUUGGACUUGUUCUAAUGAAUGACUGGAGUGCUCGAGAUAUUCAGGCAUGGGAAUAUAUUCCUCUUGGUCCUUUUCUUGGAAAGAGUUUUGGUACCACAAUAUCUCCUUGGAUUGUGACCCUGGAGGCAUUAGAACCUUUUGCUUCCCAAGCCCCUAAACAGGAUCCUCCUCCACUUCCAUAUUUGACAGAAAAAGCGUCCAAAAGCUAUGAUAUUUCCCUAGAGGCUCACAUAAAACCUGCUGGACAUGAAGAUUCAGGUGUGGUGACACGAACUAAUCUAAAUCACUUAUAUUGGACAUUGACCCAGCAACUUGCUCACCAUACAAUCAAUGGUUGCAACCUUAGGCCAGGCGAUCUCCUUGGAACUGGGACAGUUAGUGGUCCUGAGCCGGAGUCCCGUGGAUGCUUGUUAGAGUUAACCUGGAAUGGACAAAAUGCAGUGUCUGUAAAUGGGUUAAACCGGAAAUUUCUUGAAGAUGGAGAUGAAGUCAUCAUAACCGGAUAUUGCAAGGGAAGUGAUUACACUAUUGGGUUUGGUAACUGCUCAGGCAAGAUUGUUCCCGCAGCUCCCUGAGGGAAUUAUCAUUCCACAACAGUCUAAUCUUUUCAAGUUGUGGAAGUUGUUGUAUAAUCAAUCUGCAACAGGGUUGCUUUCUACCGAUGUUAUUUUUCCUAUGUUUGUAAUGUACUCGGCACAUUAUGAGAGUAUGUUUGCCUGAAUCUUUUUUA